CGUCGUUAGUAGCACAGCACCCAACUGUCUGUAAAGGUGAACUCCUCUGACCAUCCAGCUCCCGCGACUGCUUCAAGUUUCAAGCCCCUUCAUUUUCUUUGCCUCAAGGUCAAGGAGUCUGGUAGUAUCAUGGCUCUUGCCCUUGAUUUGCAGGACUUCCUUCUCCGUGCUCGAGUGUUGAAGCUGUAUAGACAAGCACUGAGGAUUACACGAAGAUCCCCUGUUGAUGCUAGAGGUGAACUAAGAUCCACGAUUAGACAAGAACUGGAGAAUAACCGGCACUGCAAUGACAGGCAAAGGAUUCGUUUUUUUCUUAGUGAAGGAUUGGAGAGAUUAAAACGUCUAGACGAGAUGCUUGACAUGCAAGGUCAUCCUGAAUAGGGGAAAAUGAAAAACUCUGCAUUGUAUUUCUUAAUUUGUUGAGUUUCUGAAUGUUACUACAUUGCACAUUUUGUGUUUGCACACCCUCACUUGACUUUGUCAAAAAACUAAGCAUGGGCCAGUGAAUUUUUGAAAUUGAUUAACCGUGAAUA